UGGCCAUCCUUUCCAUUCCACGGGCUAAACUCCAAAACUCGACCACCGCAUAUUUCAACGCGCUCUCUCCCCCUCCAGCAACGCCCAACCACCACCACCACCACAACAUGAAAGCUCUCGUCCGCUCUCUCCUCCUCCUCCUCCUCCUCCUCGCUCUCCUCGCCGCCUCGCCGGUGGCGGCACGGUCCCUCGGGUUCCCAGCGGCCUGGAAGAUCGAUGGCCUCAUCGAACAGACGUGCAGGCUCACGCCCUUCUACGACCUGUGCCUCUCCUCCCUCAAGUCCGACCCCACCAGCAGCGCCGCCGACAUCCGGGGUCUUGCCCGCAUAAUGGCGGGCUCCGUCCUGGCGAGCGCCAGCCAUACGCUGGACCAGAUCCAGGAGCUGCUGGGCCAGGCGCCUGACCCAGAGACGGAGAAGCCCCUGGCUUACUGCGCGGAGCUGUACAUCCCGGUGGUGAAGUACACCUUGCCGCAGGCGCUCGACGCGCUCAACAAGGGCCAGCUCGGGUUCGCGGUGUACGGGCUGUCCGAUGCGGGCACGGAGGCAGAGGAGUGCGAAAAGAAUUUCUCGGGGCAGGGCGGGGGGUCGCCGGUGACGCAGGGGAAUAAGCUGGUGCGGAAUCUGGUGGACGUGGCCCUGGCGAUCGUCAAGAUUUUGCAGAAGGGCUUCUAACUCUCUUCUCAAUGAUUGAUACGGUGAAUAUAAAAAUAAAUUACACAUAUUCCAGACACGUAUCUCAAAUACCCUUUUCCUCAUUUAGUUUAUAAUCAUCUAUAUCGCACUUGAGCUCGAUGAUCGUCAAUGAUAAAAAACUAGAUCUUUUAACCCUUUUAAUAUCAA